AUGGCAGAAGCUAAAACAACAACUUGCCGUGGAUACCCUCCAUAUUUGCAAAAUGAUGCUAGUGUUAGAAUUGAAGACCAGUCAGAACUUAAUAAUUUACCUCCACCUCCCAUUUAUUAUUGUCCUGGUGAAUCUGAUCCAGCUCAUUUUACAGAAUGCUGUAGUCAUGGUACCCAAAUGUGUUGUCCAGCAUCUCGUUGGUUUUAUGAAAUUGAUAAUACGAUAGCAACAAUUAUAGCUGUAUCAGUUACUCUGUCCUGUGUUGCUGUCACAAUUACAAUAAUUGUGUGUUGUUUUUGGUCUCGUUGUCCACUAUACACAGCUUGUAGGGUAAGGUACACUCAUGAUAUUGCUACAUAUGCUGGUAAACCAGAUGAAGAUUUUGGUAUGCAUACUUUGAAAAAAGAAAAAAAUUCAAAUAAAGCUCCUUUGGCUUCUUCAAAUGGCAGCCCACCGGAUGUAGAUCCUGCAGUGGUUUAAAUUGCAGCUUUCUGUAGAAGAUACUCAAGCUGAAAUGUAGAAUAGUUAAGAACAUUAGUCAUUUUUACAAAUUGUAUCAUUUUAUUUCAUCUUAUCAUAGUUAGCUUAUGUGGUAAAAUGCAUAAACAA